AUGGACGAUAAUCCUGACCAUUACGUUAAGUCGCUUGGACUUUCGGAUGAGACCUGGAAUUUUGACUUCAACCAAUCUGAAUAUGAAAAGCUGGGUCAAAACAACCACCCAGAGGAGAUGUACCCAGAUUAUUCAGAUAAGCAUGACGAGCUGCCUUUGGAAUCUCCGUAUCUGAAGGAUAUGGCUGAAGUUCCUAUGGGUCCUGACAUGCACCAUGACGACUUUUUCACGCCGUUGCUAUCACCAAUGGUACAACAGACACAACCGCCAACGAACCCCAAACUCAACGUUAAUGAUAACUUUAGCCCUUUAACUUCACCAGCUCUAGCUUCCCAAAACUCUCGUCGAAAGUUGUCCACGGAGAGUAGUUCCAGUGUCAAAGUGAGAAUAAGGAGGCAAUCUAAUUCAAGUUACACAGGAAAAUCAAAGACUCCCGGUUCAACUCCCAAGCUUUCUUCCACUAGCGCAGUGUCCAAUUCUUCCAAUAAAGUGAUAAAGCAAUCGCCAGCAAUAAAAGCCCGGCGUAACCCUGGCUUAUCUAACAACCUUCAUCGGACAUUAAGCAGUAACAACACAUUUGCAUUGCCUGAAAGUGCUCAGACUACUUCUACAACUGCAACGGCAGAAUUGUCCAACACUUUAAACGUAGAAGCCAAUAACAGUGAUGAGUUUACCAAUACGAACUCGGUGACUCCAAGCACGUUGAUGUCAUUUGGCCACAUUCCCCACCAUUCUACUAGCAAUGUCAUUUUUGAUGGUUUAAAACAUAGUUCAGUAGUCCUCCCAUCGUCCAAAAACGCCAAUGGAAGAAACACCACUAAAUCUCCAAAUAGCAUAGCUAAAGAUGGAACAGAUAAAGGAAGAAAGGCUGAUAGUGCGUCACCUCCUACGAUACCAACAGGAACACUAACCAAACGGCCUUCCAAGUCGGAUGACCCCAAAAAAGUUAAUCAUAAACUUGCCGAACAAGGACGAAGGAACAGAAUGAAUUUUGCAAUUCAAAGGCUUGAAGAUCUUAUACCAGGUGACUAUAAAGAGGACACAACAGUGCCAUCCAAGGCAACUACUGUGGAGAUGGCAGUCAAGUAUAUCAAGGAGCUGCAAAAUCAACUGGAAAAACUUGAAGAACAACGUUCAAAGUAG